AAAGUCUUCCCUCUUACAUUGAGCGGAUGGAAACUUAAACACAACUUAUACUAUUCACGAGCCUACGGAUCCAUUUAGACCUCUCCAUGCUGCUUACAGGACCGGGAUCGCAAGUCACAGUAGGACAGCACACAAGAAUAACCGGAGAAGGUGAAUGAAUCGCGCAGACUGAUCCAGUGUGCUUGAAGUUCAUCUGAUCCUUCUCUUCAUCAUCAUUCCCAUCUUCGUGUUUGUAAGGAGAUGCCGCCUGCGACAGGAGGGCCAGUGGGAUACACCCCUCCGGAGGGUGGCUGGGGCUGGGCAGUGGUUGUAGGGGCUUUCAUCAGCAUUGGUUUCUCCUAUGCUUUCCCCAAGUCCAUCACAGUGUUCUUCAAAGAGAUCGAGGUCAUCUUUAAUGCCACGAGCAGCCAAGUGUCAUGGAUCUCAUCAAUCAUGCUGGCUGUCAUGUAUGCAGGAGGACCAGUCAGCAGUAUUUUGGUGAAUAAGUUUGGGAGUCGUCCGAUCAUGAUUGCAGGGGGUUGUCUGUCUGGAACAGGAUUGGUUGCCGCAUCAUUCUGUAACACAGUGGAGGGUCUUUACUUCUGUGUGGGAGUUAUAGGUGGCCUGGGUUUGGCUUUCAAUCUUAACCCAGCAUUGACCAUGAUUGGUAAAUACUUUUACAAGCGUCGGCCGAUAGCUAAUGGCAUCGCAAUGGCAGGCAGUCCAGUGUUCCUGUCCACACUGGCCCCACUGAACAGCUGGCUGUUCGAUCAGUAUGGGUGGAGGGGCAGUUUCCUCAUCCUGGGUGGAGCUUUGCUGAACUGCUGCGUUGCAGGAUCGCUAAUGCGGCCCAUUGGACCAAAACCACAGCCUGCCAGACCGAAAGAGGAAGAAGAACCAAAACGGCAAGAGAAGAAAACUGUCUUCCAGACCAUAAACGGCUUCCUGGAUCUGACCCUCUUCACCCACCGUGGCUUCUUGCUGUACCUGCUUGGAAAUGUCAUCAUGUUUUUUGGCCUCUUCACACCCCUUGUCUUCCUCAGUAACUAUGCAAAAAGUAAAGGCAUUUCCAAAGAUAAGGCUGCCUUCCUGUUGUCCAUAUUGGCCUUCACUGACAUGAUCGCUCGGCCAUCCAUGGGUCUGGUGGCCAACACACGCUGGGUCCGUCCACGUAUACAGUACUUCUUUGCCGCAUCUGUGCUAUAUAAUGGUGUCUGCCACCUGAUGGCGCCAUUCUCCACAGAUUACAUGGGCUUUGCUAUUUAUGCCAUGUUUUUUGGUGUGGCAUUCGGCUGGCUCAGUUCCAUACUGUUUGAGACUCUUAUGGACCUGGUGGGUGCACAGAGAUUCUCCAGUGCAGUCGGCCUGGUCACCAUCGUAGAGUGCGCUCCUGUUCUGUUGGGGCCUCCAUUAUUAGGAAGGCUCAAUGACAUCUACCAUGAUUAUAAAUACACAUAUCAGAGUUGUGGAGUCAUUCUGGUGGUGGCCAGUGUAUUCCUGUUUGUCGGAAUGGGAAUCAACUAUCGGCUGGUGGACAAAGAGAAGAGGGAGGAGGAGAAAAGAGCCAGGCAGGAAGGGAAAGAUGAAGAGACAAAUAUAGACAAUGCCCUGAAUGAGAAGUCAAAGGAGGAAGAGGGAGACACAUCAGAGGCAUGAGCAGUCUUCGCUAAAACGGAGGACGCUAUAUAAUGCGUGCGCGCCCACACACACACACACUAACAAUCCACGUCUUCCAAUUCUGACCAACCAAAAUAAUAAACAAUUUAAUUUUCCACAAUGAAUUUAGUUAAUGUUUAGAAAAGCACAAAAGACUUUGGUGACAAGAAAUUAUCUUCUACACACACAAGCCAACCCUUAUUCAGUCCCAUAUACACCUGAGAAAUUCAUUUCAUUGUAUCAUUAAAUUAUGAUGUUGUAUUAUUUCCCAUAUGGGAGUGUCUUUUAAACUCAAUGUCAUAAUUUGUCAGUUUUGGACAAAGAAAGAAGACCCUUUCACUCUGUUUUCCGCUGUAGGAAUCGGGUGUGUAUUGGACUAAAAUUCAUUAUAUUAUAUGGAGGAUACACCAUGCUUGAUUUGUACAAAUCUGCUGGAUUUGUAUUUUUAUUUUUAUUUUAUUUUUUGCUUUUAUUUCUUAAUGAUGAAUGUGCUUUACCCUACAUUGAGAGAGGGAAUUCUUUUAAAAUUGUCUAUUCAUCUGCAUCCUUGACCACAUUAUUUUGAUGUCUAGAUACUGUUUUUAAUUAUGGUUACAAACUGCUUUUUGAUUGGGUGCCUAUCUACAGUACAUUUUGUAUUUUAAAGUAAAUUAAUGUAACACAACUCCUAAACACUCCUUUCCAAUGCCAAGAGGAUGUUUAUUGAUUAAUUUAAUAACUUUAUAUUUUUUGUGUCAUGCCUGUUCAGUUUGUAGUACUAAAACCUGGAGGAGAAUUAGCCAUGAGUUAAAAUUUUUUGUUUUUGUUUUUUAGAGUAGCGGUUUUCAAUUUUUGAGUAAAAUAACAUUUAUGGUUUGCAAUAUUUGAAGUAACUUACCUGGAUUGUUGCAAGUCAUACCUCAAACGUUAAUUGUAUCUGUUGUGUGCUUAAAAUCGUUAGUUGUAGCAAGUUGCUACAUAAGGACUACAAUGGUUAUCUAAUAAAUCAUGCAUCAUUCAUCAAGCACAAAUGUGAGUUUCAAAAACAUGACAAGAAAUGUAACAUUUCGAUCAAAACUAAAAGUCUUUUUAAAGGAAUAGUUCACCCAAAAAUAAAAAAAAUUAUCUCAUUUACUCACCCUCAUGCCAUCCCAGAUGUGUAUGGUCUGCUUUCUUUUACAGAACACAAAGAUUUUUAGAAGAAUAUUUCAGCUCUAUAGGUCCUUUACAAUGCAAAUGAAUGGGUGCUAAAAUUUGAGCUCAAGGUUUUUUUGCUAGAAAUUCUUCUCCCUGCCCAGUAGGGGGCAUAUUUAUGGACAAUGUGAAUCACCAAAAACACAAGAAGAAGAAAUGUAAAGUUAAAGUGGCUAUUGACUGAGCAAGGAGGAGAAUAUAUAAUUGAUGGGACUUAAAAAUUAAACAGUUUCUCACCACAUCUAUUAUAUUGCUUCUGGAUACAUUGAUUUAACCACUGGAGAGAUAUGGAUUACUAUUAUGCCGACUUGUGAUUUUUAGGAGCUUCACAAUUUUGGCACCCAUUCUCUUGCAUUGUAUGGACCGAAAACGCAGAGAAAUUCUAAAAAUCUUUGUGUUCUGCUGAAGAAAGGAAGUCAAACACAUCUGGGAUGGCACAAGGACGAGUAAAUGAGAAAAUUAAAAUUUUUGGGUGAAUUAUUCAUUUAUUGUUCACCACAGACUGUAUAUUUAACUCUAAAAACAGCUAUUCUUUAAACCUGAAUGGUGAAUUAGCCUUCCCGGUUGACCUAUACAUUGAUGUUGUGACUGAUAAUAAGAGCCUCAUUUCAACUGGGGCAACAUCCAAUGUAACAACCCUAAUAGCACACGUACAUCACCCAGACGUCUUUUUGAUGUGUGCGUUUACUUCUGUAAGACAUAAUUCUUAGUGUUUUCUUAUCUGCAUUAAGCUUAUAACAGGUUUUCUCUCUGAUGCGAAAUGGAAAUUCAGCAGGUGUCUUUGAGACUUUUAUGAUUUAGAGAAGAGGUGCCCAAACAGGGUACGUGGCAACUGACAAAAGGUGAAAAAAUAAUCAUAAUUUAAAAAGCUUUUCAUUGCAUUUAUUUAGAAGAUUGUGUAGUCAUGUUUAUUAUAUAUAUAUAUAUACACACACAAACAUACACAUACAGUUUUGGGGAGUAACGGAAUACAACAGGAUU